CACUCGGAAAUAAGUAAACGCAAAAUGUACUUGAGGCGAAGACGAGAAUCUGUUGCUAUGGUCUGUCGUAAAACUACGAAGUUUUUGACCACGAAUACCAGCAACUUAUUAAAGAGAUCACCGAACACAAAAAAGUACCAUCUGCUGGCCAAAAUAGUUGAGGAGUUCCAAACUCAAAACGACGAGAAACCCGCCAAUGUCGACGAAGAUGAGGAGAGCGAGGACGACAUGGGAGAGAGAGAUCUAGAUUACUACCUUGGUGUGAGAAAGAAAGAAACAUAUUGGAGAGAUCCGAGUGGUACGGAACAGAUCAUCAAGGACUACCUCAUUUACCACUGUGGGGUAACCGAGGAAGACUAUAACAAACUCUUUCGAAAAUCGUCACCGAAACCUUCGUAUGUAAUGCAGCCCAAGCUGAAACAGGUCCCGUUUAAAAUACACAAGAAGAAAGAGAAGAAACAUAUAAGCUUUAAAGAAGGUGUGGCAGAAUCGUGGGCCGAAAAGAAGGGAAUUUUUAAACUAUUCGGUGGAAGAAGAGACAGCGAUACGUCUGAGAGCUACAGCGAGUGCUCCAACGAAGAUAAAGAUUGCGAUAACGAAGAUGCACGCGACAUUGACGAUAUCGUAGAGAAUGUUGAUGAAUCGGGCGUGAGGAUAAAGGAGGUGUCUGAGGGCAGACCAUGUGAUAACUGCCCCGAGCUGUGCCCGGGGUUCGUGCCGCAUCCAUGGCGGAAGACGUGCAAGUGCUGCGGCUGCGACCGUCUCUCGCACGCGGUGUACCACGAGGAGCUGGCGUCGGUGCGCGCGCGGCUCGGCCUGCGGGACACCCGGGACUCGCGAGACACCAGCAGAGCUGAACACCCGCCCACGCUUACUCCAGCACAGUCAGAGCUGUACUGGUCGUCGCUAUCGGAGCGGCUGCCGGCUGGCGCAGGCGCAGCGGGCGGCGCGGCGGGCUGGCGCGCCUGGCGCAGUCGCGCGCUCGCGGCGCAGCUGCCCAAACAGGACCUGGCGCUCGCGCACUGUAACCACGUCGACGACGCGCACAAGAAACAGUUCGAGGACUUCGUGGCCGCGAGGAACGAGAUCGCGCUUGAUAUUGGUGUAGCCAGCCAACACCACGGGCCGUCGGUAGAGUGCAUGUCGUGUACGAAACCAAUUCGUAAUGGAAGCAUUAUGGUUCAAGCGCCAAGGAUAGGGGAUGAGGCGUGUUUUCACCCGGCGUGUUUCACAUGCUCGGAGUGCGACGAGCUACUUGUGGAGCUGGCCUACUGCGCCCUCGACGGCCGGCUGUACUGUGUCCGGCACUAUGGGGAGCGCCUCAAGCCGCGCUGUCAUGCCUGUGAUGAACUCAUUUUCAGUGGCGAAUACACCAAGGCGAUGAACAAGGACUGGCACAGCGGCCACUUCUGCUGCUGGCAGUGCGACGAGUCGCUCACCGGGCAGCGCUACGUGCUGCGGGAUGAGCACCCCUACUGCAUCAAGUGCUACGAGACCGUCUUCGCCAACGGCUGCGAGGAAUGCAACAAGACCAUCGGCAUCGACUCCAAGGACCUGUCGUACAAGGACAAGCACUGGCACGAGGCGUGCUUCCUGUGCGCCAAGUGCCGCGUGUCGCUGGUCGACAAGCAGUUCGGCUCCAAGCUCGACAAGAUCUACUGCGGCAACUGCUAUGACGCGCAGUUCGCGAGCCGCUGCGACGGCUGCGGCGAAGUCUUCCGCGCCGGAACUAAGAAGAUGGAGUACAAGACCCGGCAGUGGCACGAGAAGUGUUUCUGCUGCGUGGUGUGCAAGAACCCCAUCGGCACGAAGAGCUUCAUCCCGCGCGAGCAGGAGAUCUACUGCGCUGGCUGCUAUGAGGACAAGUUCGCUACUCGCUGCGUCAAGUGCAAUAAGAUCCUGACGCAGGGCGGAGUGACGUACAAGAACGAGCCGUGGCACCGCGAGUGUUUCACGUGCACGCACUGCGACACGUCGCUCGCCGGCCAGCGGUUCACGUCGCGCGACGACAAGCCCUACUGCGCGGAAUGCUUCGGCGAGCUGUUCGCUAAGCGCUGCACCAAGUGCGCCAAGCCUAUUACUGGCAUCGGCGGCACGCGGUUCAUCUCGUUCGAGGACCGGCACUGGCACAACGACUGCUUCAACUGCGCGCAGUGCAAGACCUCGCUGGUGGGCAAGGGCUUCAUCACCGACGGACCCGACAUCAUCUGCCCGGAGUGCGCGCGCCAGAAGCUCAUGUAAAGCGCUCUCUCGCUAUCUCACUCUCUCGCGAGUCGCGACGCUCUCGCUCUCUCCGGGACUCAGUCGGCGCGUUUCGUUUCAGCGGCCGCACGCUCCUCCCGCUAGUCGCGCACGCGAGAGACUGGUGCCUGUCGGACGCGCCGUUCGACCCGCCCAGGAGGGUCCCCUAGUUCCCGACGAUAUUUUUAUACAAAAAACCCAUGAAAAAUCACAAAAAAAAUUCGCCCGCACGAGUAUAAAUAAUGCUGCUUUUCUACUCAUUUUAGUUAAGGUGUUUAUAUAUUUCGUUUACUAAUCGCUCGGUCCUCGCGUAUCGUGUCGCUCUAAUCGCCGUAUAUUUUCGCUUUGGCUGUCGUCCUAGUGUAGGUGUAACCCGGGUUACCUAGUGCGAUUCACGCGAUGCCUUAAUAACAUAUCUAAGUCAAUUGAGGGUCGCGGCGGGCCGGGGGCUGUGGCGGGUCGCCCCGGCCCCCGGCCCGCCGCGGCCCGACGUAGCGGUAAGUGUAAGUCUAUCAGAUGUAUGUCUAUUUAUUGAGUAUUUAUUGUGAGUUCGGUGCGCCAGGCCGCGCUUGCUAACAACGACGCGAGUGCUCCCACUAAUAUCUCGAAUGGCUCGUUUAAUAAUCUAAUGAAUGUUAUAUCUAUUUUUACACGGAAGAUAAUAAUAUUUUUGUAGCGUUAGUUUUGUACGUAAGGUUAACGUUGGCCGGCCGCGGCCGCCGCGAGGGAUCACGUCGAUGGUUAUCGUUAACUGUUAAGGUUAAAUUAUUGACAUGUUAAUAAAGUUUAUUAAUUUAUAAUGUACACAUUAAACUUGCUUAGCCGUGUGAUCUGAUCUAAUAUUACAAUGUAUCCAUAGAUUGUAUAAAAAUAUGAAAAUAAAUUAAAUGAUCGAAAGUA